UGCUUUGCGGCAGGCGGACGUGGUUCUGCUGCCGAUGCCGCGGCGCCGGUGGGGCAGGUAGCUUGGAACGGUCUCCUACGCCUCGCAGAGCAGUUGCCUAGCAACAGACCUAGGCCCGCCUGACCACCCGGCCGUGCGGGCUGCGCGGAGGCGGCUCAGUGUGCACCGUUGAGAAGGAGGCAGUCCCCGCCCCCCGUGAUGUGGGUUAUCCUUAACACCUCAAGAUCAGGUUAUUGUACUGCACUCUACGUGGAGUUACACAAUGACAUUACUUGGAAAUGGAAACUAGUGCUGAACUGGGUUUUCACUAAAUCUGUUGGCAAUGUCUAUGAUCUUAUCUGCCUCAGUGGUCCGUGUUAGAGAUGGGCUCCCGCUAUCUGCCUCUACGGAUUAUGAGCAAAGCAUGGGAGUGCAGCAAUGUAGAAAAUAUUUUAAAACACUCUCGAAAAAGCUUGCUCAGCUUCCUGAUAGAUGUAUGCUGAAAGCUGGCCAGUAUAAUAUAAAUUUUAUUAGCUCUCUGGGAGUGAGCUACAUGAUGCUGUGCACUGAAAAUUACCCCAGUGUUCUGGCUUUCUGCUUCCUGGAUGAGCUUCAGAAAGAGUUCAUCACCACGUACAAUAUGAUGAGGACAAAUACUGCCAUCCGGCCAUACUGUUUCAUAGAGUUUGAUAAUUUUAUUCAAAGGACCAAGCAGAGAUAUAAUAACCCACGGUCUUUGUCGACAAAGAUAAAUCUUGCUGACAUGCAGACAGAAAUCAAGCUGAGACCACCUUAUCAAAUUUCCAUGUCUGAACUUGGUUCAACUAAUGGAUUUGCACACUUAUCAGCUGCAGAAUUUAAGGGUACUGGUAAGAUAUCUGCUGCUCCUCAUCAACGACUGGAAGCCAUUACUCUGCCAGGGAUUGUUUCAUUUAUACUGAGCCUGUUAUGUGGGGCUUUGAAUUUAAUUAGAGGGUUUCAUGCCAUAGAAAGCCUUCUGCAGAACGAGGGUGAAGAUUUCAGUUAUAUCAUUGCAUUUUUCCUUGGAACAGCAGCCUGCUUGUAUCAGUGUUAUUUAUUUUUAUACUGCACAGGCUGGCGGAACGUCAAAUCCUUCCUGACUUUUGGUUUAAUCUGCCUGUGUAACAUGUAUCUGUACGAACUGCGCAAUCUCUGGCAGCUCUUCUUCCACGUGACAGUGGGAGCAUUUUCAGCAUUACAAAUACGGCUAAGACAACCACAAGGGAAAUCCCCAGAUUACAAUGUCUGACCCAAGUCCUGGGACCUCCCAAGGCAGUCUCAGUCCACCCAUGGUUCCCUCUCAGGAAUGAAAAGCUUUUCUCCAAAAUAAGCAGUUUUUUUUUUUGUUUUUUUUUUUUUUUAAGCUUAACACAAGAUGCCUGUGGACGUUUGUGACUUGAGAACUUAGACUUAUCCUCACUGAAGACACACACAAUACAGGAUUAGUGGAGGAAAAUGGGUCCUAUCCAUGCAGAGCAUUGUCCCUUGAGGACAAAUAAAAGUUUGGAGGACUUGACUGAUCGCAGGAAAAAGCCGCCUUCAAAAGUAUGAUAAUGGAAAAAGAUAUAUACAUACAGCGCAUGUUCUGCAUAUCAAGUGAGCGCUCCAAUUCCAAGAUCAGUUUUGCCUUUGUGAGGCAGUAGUAUAGGCUGAAUACAAAGAUGCUAUUGCAUAUUAGCAGACUAUAUUUGGAACGAGAGAGUUACUAAAUGUGAGACUAUUGGAUUGCACAUUAAAUUUAAUGGAAUGUGUGUAUGUGUUUUCUUAAUUAAUGCCUAACCUGGAAACCAUCUGUUUAUGGGGAUUAGCUCCUUGGUCCCAGUGGCCUUCUACCUAGUGCUGAGUUAACUAUAAAUCUUGGUAAAUAGUUUCGCUGUAUAAUUUGUUUUUAAUGAUCUUUUGAAAGUGACCUUUAUGGACAAGUUUUAUUUAAGUAAAUAACCUACAAUUUCUGUCUCUUGGCUCUCUUUGCUCUCCUCCUCUAUUUGAACAUUAGAAGUUUGAAAAGAAGUUGCCAGGUGGGUAAACAGACAUUGAUUUGCAACCUGUUUGAGCUAUUGCUUGUCUCUCUAUACAUUUUAAGAGCUGGAUUAAUAGCUGAAAUCUAAUUUAGCAUAUAGGCAACUGGUGGUGAGUUUAUUUCCAUCAAUCAUAAACUGAGUUCAGUUUAAAAAAAAAACCCGUUUUUGGAUCCAGGGGUUUUGUUGGUUUGGUAGAUUUACAUUUUACUGAAUUGGAGUCAAACCUCACUAAUUUGUAGUAGUGGCUGGAACAUCUAUGUAAAGUCAGAGUUUGUGAAUUAAUUAGCAGAUGAACAAUCAAGGCUAUUACAUUGCAUUCUAUUUCUUUUGACAAUCAUAUUUUGUGUUAUUUCCAGAGCUUUAUAGUACACUAUAGUUUUAAUAUAGUUUGCUCAAGUUGUGAGGUGUAGUAAUAAGGGGCAUAACUAAAGAAUUCAGAAAAGUUUUGGUAGCAGGAAGGAUUCCACAUUGCUUGUGAGCAUUACUAGGCUUGGUGAUUAGUGAGGUUCUGCUUUACUAUGAAAUGUUACUCAUCAAAUCUCUGUAGGUGGUCCCCAUCUAAAAUGUUCUCUUCAGUAAUUUAUUGGCAAUCAAGCUGAUAGCAGAGAAGUAAUACCUAGACUGGGAACAACUAUUAUUUUUUUUAAAGGAAGUGACCUUACUCAAGGACAUCCAGGUGGCCAAGACCAAGAUAAUUUACAGAAAAUGGAAUCAGUCCUAAAUGAACAGUAGUGGUAUGUAUUUUUGAUACACUCUUUAUUAUAAUAUCUCUAAGAACUACGUAAUUAAGAGUUUGAAAAUAUCUUGGUGCAUAUCGUAGCUAAGAUAAUUGUUGCAGGAGGUGUGCUUUGCCUCUGAACCUUUUUCUUUUCUUUCAUUUAUCCAGCAAAUAGAAUGGGGAUGCAUUUG